AUGUCGGUCCAGGUCACGCCCGAGCAGAUGGCGGCGCUCCGCGCCACGCUUCUUAACACCUCCGGCAAGACGGAGCUGCACGAGCGCUUCCGCGCCCUCUUCAUGCUCAAGGCUGUCGGCGGUGACGAGGUCAUCAACAUUAUUGCUGAGGGCCUUGAGGACCCCUCCCCUCUCCUGAAGCACGAGCUCGCGUACGUUCUCGGCCAGCUCAAGUCGAGCACCGCGGUGCCGAUCCUUGAGAACGUCCUCAACAACCCGGAUGGCAAGCACUGCGCGAUGGUGCGACACGAGGCUGCCGAGGCACUUGGCGCGAUCAGCGACGAGUCCUCUCUCGCCUGUCUGCGUUCGCACCUCAACGAUCCCGCCCGGGAGGUGCGCGAGACGUGCGAGAUCGCAGUCGACAAGAUCGAGUACGACCACACGCCCGAGGGCCUCGCCCGCGUCCCGAACCCAGACUACCCGACCAUCGACCCGGCCCCGUCGAGCGAGAAGAAGCCCGUCGACGAGCUCAAGGCCGUGCUCCUCGACGAGUCCCAGCCGCUCUUCAAGCGCUACCGCGCCAUGUUCGGGCUGCGCGACUAUGGCGGCGCGUCGCGCGAUGCCGUCCGCGCCCUGGCUGAGGGAUUCGGCGACAGCUCUGCGCUCUUCCGCCACGAGAUCGCGUACAUCUUUGGCCAGCUUUCUUCGCCCCACUCCAUCCCGAGUCUCCUCAAGGUGCUCAAGGACGACAAGGAGGAGGACAUGGUGCGCCACGAGGCCGCGGAGGCGCUCGGCGGUAUCGCCUCGGAUGGCACCGACGCCGACAUGAGCAAGGACGACGAGCCGCUGCCCGAGGGAGGCGUGCUGGCCAUCCUAAGGGAGUGGGCCGUUAAGCAGGACGCGCCCCUUGUUGUGCGCGAGUCGUGCCAGGUUGCCCUCGACAUGUGGGAGUACGAGAACAGUACCGACCAGUUCAACCCCCUCGACUCGCUCACUGCCAAGGGCAACACGACUGGCAUGGAACGCUCGGCUCACGCCGCCGUCGCUGCUGGUGCCAUCUAG